CCGAUUUUUCCAAUUUCACAACUUGAAUGCAGGUAGGCAUGUGGACCGUGUGUUUUCUACUUGAAUGACAUAACCAACAAGAAAAGAAGGACCGACGCGAGGCGCGACGCAUCCAAUCACAGGCGCUCCUGCGGCGUACAAGUCUUUGAACAAAGACAAGCGGCCGCGCCAGCCAAUCACAUUUGAGAGUUCUCGAAAGCGGGCGGGAGUUUAACGGAAAUGGCACGGGCGCCGGCCAAUCGCAGCCACGAACCGCAAGCCAUCCGCCAAUCGGCGUUUAACCUCGCAAGGAUUGCGUCGCCCACGGUGCUCAGUUGAAUUCCAUUGCCGUCCAUUAAAACAACCGACUUGGAAAAUACAAUAUCAAAGUGUGCUCAGUUUUACCACAAGCUCGCGUGCUUAAUUCUCGUCAGGGAUGGCGUUUUCAUGCAGCGAGGGUAUUGAGAAACGCUCUCCGCAUGUGUAAGGCACGCAUCUUCGACCCUGUCGUGGCUCGCUGCAUUGCCUGGCAAAACGGAACAAUUGGUGGAUAAUUCUCCUCGUGACUUCAGUUGAGCUUAUUUCAUCGCUGAAAUACAGAGGAACUCGAAUGAGUUUUCUGUCAUGAGUCCGGCAGGGUGCUCCCAUGUGAACGGUUUCAAAGUGGACAACUGGAAGCAGAAUCUGCGCGUCAUAUACCAGUGCUUUGUGUGGAGUGGCUCUGUCGAAACCAGGAAACGCAAGGCGAAGUCAUGUAUAUGUCACAUGUGUGGAGCUCAUUUAAAUCGGCUUCACUCCUGUCUCCAUUGUGUGUUCUUCGGCUGCUUCAGCAAGAAACACAUCCACGAGCACGCCAAAAACAAGAGACACAACCUAGCUAUAGACCUUUUGUACGGUGGAAUAUAUUGCUUUGUGUGCCAAGACUACAUAUACGACAAAGACAUGGAGCAGAUUGCCAAAGAAGAACAAAGAAAAGCAUGGAAAUUGCAAGGUAUUGGAGAGAAAUAUUCAAUGUGGGAGCCUACGAAGCGAGAGCUGGAGCUGCUGCGACACAACCCCAAACGAAGGAAAAUUACAGCCAACUGCACCAUAGGAUUGAGGGGUUUGAUAAAUCUGGGGAACACGUGCUUUAUGAACUGCAUCGUUCAGGCUCUCACACACACUCCGCUGCUGAGGGACUUCUUCCUGUCCGACCGACACAAGUGUGAGAUGCAGUCCAACUCCUGCCUGGUGUGUGAAAUGUCUCAGCUCUUUCAGGAGUUCUACUCGGGUCACCGCUCUCCUCACAUUCCCUUCCGGCUGCUGCACCUGGUCUGGACUCACGCCCGACACCUCGCUGGCUACGAGCAGCAGGACGCUCACGAGUUCCUCAUCGCUGCUCUGGAUGUGCUUCACAGACACUGCAAAGGAGAUGACAAUGGGAAAAAAGCCAACAACCCAAACCACUGCAACUGCAUCAUUGACCAAAUCUUCACGGGAGGCCUGCAGUCUGACGUCACCUGCCAAGUCUGCCAUGGGGUUUCCACAACAAUAGACCCGUUCUGGGACAUCAGCCUGGAUCUGCCGGGGUCAUCCACCCCGUUCUGGCCGCUCAGCCCGGGCAGCGACGGCAGCGUGGUGAACGGAGACAGUCACCCGAGCGGAGCCACCACGCUCACAGACUGCUUGCGCAGGUUCACUCGACCCGAACACUUAGGAAGUAGCGCCAAGAUCAAAUGCAGCGGUUGCCAUAGUUACCAGGAGUCCACCAAGCAGCUGACUAUGAAGAGGCUUCCUAUCGUGGCGUGUUUCCACCUCAAACGGUUCGAGCAUUCGGCGAAGCUCCGGCGGAAGAUCACCACCUAUGUGUCCUUCCCUCUAGAGCUGGACAUGACGCCCUUCAUGGCCUCCAGUAAAGAGAGCCGGAUGAACGGACAGUACCAGCAGCCCGUCGACUCGCUGAACAACGAUAACAAGUAUUCUCUGUUCGCGGUGGUCAAUCAUCAGGGCACGCUGGAGAGCGGUCAUUACACCACGUUCAUCCGCCAGCACAAGGACCAGUGGUUUAAAUGUGAUGAUGCUAUUAUCACUAAAGCCAGCAUUAAAGAUGUUCUGGACAGCGAGGGGUACUUGUUAUUUUACCAUAAGCAGUUCCUUGAAUACGAAUAAUGGCGACGCAGGAGCGGCCAAGUCAAAGCUGUGAAGGGAGGAUCAUAUGAGUGACGUCCAGCCUGACACCUGCUCGUCCCACGAGAGCUGGCAAGAACAGAAGAGCGUUACCACACACAGACGCAGCCUUCUCACUAAAGAAAAUCAAAACAACAACAUGUAAUUAAAAAAAAUACGAAAAAAAAAUGACACAGCUAAACCAAUCUGCACUGAGCACGGAGCAUACUUGACAGAAAGCGGAGGAACUGAUGGAGGAACCUCACUACAGACACACAGACUGACAUCUCAGCACACGCAUUUCACUCUCAGUUGCGUUUCUCCCAGAACCAAUCGCAAACAUUCACGUGCGUCGCGUUUUCUCAUCCUCCUCCAAUGAUUUUCCGAGAAGUAUAUGAGGGAAAAUAUUCCUUUUUUAUUUCUUUGUAUGCAUUAUCAAUGUACUGAAUGCAACAGAAUGGUGUUAUUGACUUCAGCGUAAACCUAUAUCGUCGUUCGUCGCUUGAGUUUGGAAAUCCUGUCCUCGUCCAGCACUUUUGAUUUGUUUCGUUCACUGCCCUCGUCCUCGUCGUCUUUUUCUUUGGGCUGGAAAUGUCACUCGCACACGCAAAUCUAUAUAUAAAUCUAUUUUUAUAAGUCA